UCCUAUGCAGGGAAGUACGUGCCAGCCAUUGCCUACUACAUCCAUUCCCUCAACCCUGUGCAGGAGUUCGAGAUCAACCUGAAAGGAAUCGCCAUCGGAGAUGCAUAUUCUGAUCCUGAGUCAAUUAUAGGGGGCUAUGCAGCUUUCCUAUAUGAAAUUGGCUUGCUGGAUGAGAAGCAGAAAAAGUACUUCCAGAAGCAGUGCAAUGAAUGCAUACAGCACAUCAGGGAGCAGCACUGGAUUCAGGCCUUUGAAAUACUGGAUAAACUACUAGAUGGCGACUUAACAAGUGAUCCUUCUUACUUCCAGAAUGUUACAGGAUGUACUAAUUACUAUAACAUUUUACAGUGCAUGGAACCUGAGGACCAAACUUACUACAUGAAAUUUUUGUCACUGCCAGAAGUGAGACAGGCCAUCCACGUGGGAAACCGGACUUUUAAUGAUGGUGCUGUAGUUGAAAAGUACUUGAGAGAAGAUACGGUAAAGUCCGUUAAGCCAUGGUUAACGGAAAUCAUGAAUAAUUAUAAGGUUCUUAUCUACAAUGGCCAACUGGACAUCAUUGUGGCAGCUUCCCUGACUGAGCGCUCCUUGAUGGCCAUGAACUGGAAGGGGUCCCAAGAAUACAGGAAGGCGGAAAAAAAAGUUUGGAAGAUCUUUGAAUCUGAUAAUGAAGUGGCUGGUUAUGUACGGCAAGUGGGUGACUUCUAUCAGGUGAUUGUUCGAGGUGGAGGACACAUUUUACCCUAUGACCAGCCUCUGAGAUCUUUUGACAUGAUCAAUCGAUUCAUUUAUGAAAGAGGAUGGGAUCCUUAUAUUUGAUAAACUACUGUCUUAAAAGAAAACAUCAGAUGUUUUCAUCUUUGGGGAAAAAAAUUAAAAACAAUAUGUCAAAUAAGAAGAUUAUCUUUUUAUAUCUGCAAGAUGUUUCUCAUCAAUAAAAAUUAUCCUUGAAACAA